GCAUGCGCGCUGUGGGCGGCGGGGGCCCCGCUGCGCUCCGGGACCCGCUCCGGCGCCGGUCCCGGCGGGAUGACGGCAGAGCUGCAGGCUCUGGGCGGCGGCGGGGAUUGCCAGAUGCUUGUGAACCAGCUAAAGGAGAUCACUGGCAUUCAAGACUCGGCUUUCCUGCAGGCAGCUCUGAAGGCUGCUAAUGGAGACCUGACAGAAGCAGUCACCUUCCUGACAGAGGAGCACGACGAUGAGACCAUUCUGGACAGGCCAGUUGGCGAGCCAGCUGCAUGGGAGGGCAGUGCCCUGGGCAAACGUCUCCCACAGGGCACUGCUAAUGCUCCUGCCCCUAAGAGCCAAGAUGACCUCUGUGCAGCCAGCACCAGCAGAUCACUGGAAUCAGCCAAAGCCCAGACUGCAGACAGAGAUGGUGCUGAAAGGCUGCAGGAGGCACACAGCCUGGAGAUCAAAUACCGCUCCAAGAGGAAGCGCUGUGACGUGUGGGGAGAGAACCUCAAGCAGAGUGACUGGAGGAGGGUGGACAACUGGCCUGUUGGGCUGAAGAACAUUGGGAACACCUGUUGGUUCAGUGCUGUCAUACAGUCUCUGUUUCAGUUGCCAGAGUUCCGGAGGCUGGUCCUUGGCUACUCCCUCCCACAGAACGUCCUUGAAAGCUGUCACAGUCACGCUGAGAAGCGCAACAUUGCCUUCAUGCAAGAGCUGCAGUGCCUCUUUGCAUUGAUGCUGGGCACCUGCCGCAAGUUUGUGGACCCUUCUGCAGCACUGGAGCUCCUGAAGGAUGCAUUCAGAUCUGCAGAAGAGCAGCAGCAAGAUGUGAGUGAAUUCACACACAAGCUGUUGGACUGGCUGGAGGACACAUUCCAGCUUGCUGUGAAUGCCAAGAGACCUGGGGACAAAUCUGAAAACCCAAUGGUACAGCUCUUCUAUGGGACUUACCUGACCGAGGGUGUCCAUGAGGGCAAUGCCUUCUCCAAGAUGGAGCCCUUUGGUCAGUAUCCCCUGCAGGUGAACGGCUACCGCAACCUGAGCGAGUGUCUGGAGGGAGCCAUGGUGGAGGGCGAGAUGGAGGAGGCAGCAACACCUCAGUCGGCCAAGUACGGGCAGGAGCGCUGGUUUACCAAGCUCCCACCGGUGCUGACCUUCGAGCUCUCUCGCUUCGAGUUCAACCAGUCGCUGGGACAGCCAGAGAAGAUCCACACCAGGCUGGAGUUCUCCCAGACCAUUUACAUGGACAGGUUCCUCCACUGCAAUAAGGAGCUCAUUAGGAUGAAGAGAGAAGAAAUUAAGAGACUGAAGGAGAAAGUGGUGCUUCUGCAGCAGCAGCUGGAGAGGUACCUGCAGUAUGGCUCGGGCCCAGCCCGCUGCCCGCUGCCCGACAUGCUGCAGUAUGUGCUGGAGUUCAUCACCACCAGGCCAGCUGCAGCCCUGCCCUCUGCUCAGGGCCCUCAGGCGGGGCUCCUGCAGCCCCAGACUCAGCUGAUGGAUGCUCAGCUGGACAGCAGGCCAGAAGGACAAGAUACGGAGACUGAAGGUAGAGCUUGCCUUCUGGGAAGUCCCUCGGUGCAGCCCUUGGGCACAGUGCUGCAGCCCCCAGCCCCUCGCGUGGUGUCCGAGGCUGAGCUGGAGCUGGUGCAGACCUGUCUGCAGCGCUGGAGGCAGGAGACGGAGCAGGACGUGCAAGAUCUGAAGGAGUCCAUUGCCAGAAUCAACCUGUCCAUUGAACAAAUGUACUGUGACCCUCUCCUCCAGCAGGUUCCCUACCACCUGCAUGCGGUCUUGGUGCACCAAGGGCAAGCAAAUGCUGGUCACUACUGGGCCUUCAUCUACAACCAGCCUCGGAGGAGCUGGCUCAAGUACAAUGACAUCUCUGUGACUGACUCCUCGUGGGAAGAGCUGGAGAGGGAUUCCUUUGGAGGCCUGAAGAACGCCAGUGCCUACUGCCUGAUGUACAUCAGUGAUGCUGUGGCGCGCCUGGCUGCAGAUGAGGCUGAGGGGCAGCUCCAGAGGGAAGUGGAAGCCUUGCCCCCAGAGCUGUGGCACUACAUCCAGGAGGACAACUGGCGCCUGGAGCAGGAGACCGAGGAGUGGGAGGAGGAGCAGUCCUGCAAGAUUCCUCAGAUGGAGCCUUCCCCAGCUUCUGAAUUGCAGGAGCUCUCUUCUGAAUCAGGGUCAGAUCAGUCGUCGGGCUGCACGCAGCGUGCCCAUGCCCUGUCCGCCGAGCACGCCAGGAUCGCCAAGGAGCAGACUGCCAAGGCCAUCGCCAACUGUGCCAGCGCCUACGAGAGGAACGGCGUGGAGGCUGCGCUCUGCAAGCCCAAGGAGGUAGAGCCAGUGGAGGCCCAGGCAGGAGAGAGAGCCCUUACAGCUCAGGCAGAGCCACCCCAGGAUGCUCAGGACGCAGAGGCUGCUGCCCAGAGCAGCCCCCAGGUCUCUGAGGUGGAAAUCCCCAGUGUGGGGAAGAUCCCUGUUAGGUCUGAUGUGGACGGAUAUAACGAGGAGGUGAUGCUGAGUCCAGCCAUGCAAGGUGUGAUCCUGGCUAUUGCCAAAGCCCGGCAGACCUUUGAUCGAGACGGGUCUGAAGCAGGGCUCGUGAAGGCGUUCCACGAGGAGUACUCCCGGCUCUACCUGCUGGCCAAGGAGACCCCCACCCCUCAGAAUGACGCCCGCCUGCAGCACGUCCUCAUCUACUUCCUGCAGAACAAUGCACCCCAGCAGGUGGUGGAGCGGACCUUGCUCGAGCAGUUUGCUGACAAGAACCUCAGCUACGAUGAGAGGUCAAUCAGCAUCAUGAAGGUGGCACGAGCAAAGCUGAGAGAGAUCGGCCCUGACGAUGUCAAUAUGGAGGAGUACAGGAGGUGGCACGAGGACUACAGCCUCUUCCGGAAGGUCUCCGUGUACCUGCUGACAGGCCUGGAGCUCUACCAGAACAGGAAGUACCAGGAGUCGCUCACCUACCUGGUCUAUGCCUACCAGAGCAACGCCAAGCUGCUGCUGAAGGGAGCCAGACGAGGCGUGAGCGAGCCGCUGAUCGCCCUGUACCGCAGGGAGUGUCUGCUGAAGCUGAACGAGGUGGCAGCGUCGCUGUUUGUCAGCCGUGAGGAAGCUUGUGUGGCACAGGGCAUUAGCAUCCUGAAUGAGUCUGUCAUCCCCUGCAUGCACCUCAUGAGUGACUUUGAGAUCUGCAGAGAGGACAUGGAUGCCAUCCAGGUGAUGAGGAACGUCUGGUGCUCCUACCUGGGACGUGAGGACAUGGACGAAAAGCUGCAGUUGAAGCUGGGCGAGCUACUGCCCCGGCUCCUCGACAGCUCCACCGAGGUCAUUGUCCUGAAGGAGCCCCCAAAGAUCCGUCCCAACUCCCCCUAUGACCUCUGCAGCCGGUUCGCAGCUGUGAUGGAGUCCAUCCACGGCGCCUCCACCGUGGCCGUGAAGUAGCCUCUGGAGUCACCACUGCAGCGUGGGGCUGGUGCCACAGGCUGCCCACCUGCCCGCCGGGCAGCCUGUGCCAGGGAGAGGGAGAAGGGAAGGGAUGACUGGGAGCCCGGGCUGUGUUCUUUGUUAA